ACUGCCAUGCCGAAGGCAAAGAAUAAGGUUCCUGUUCGAUAUUUCCCGUCCUUGUACGACAACUACCCGACUUCAUCCACAGCUGAUGGCACUGGCAGAGAAAAGAAAGUUCUAGAGCCGAAAAUUGACCACCACCCGCAGCAGCUGCCCACCGCAGCUCACGAAACUGCCCCGGCUAAGGACAGCGCUUCCACCAGCGCAGCAGAGGUACAUUGGCCACCUGGACUGGCCCACACUCAGUAUGACCCUCUGCAGUUUUUCACGUUGCCUGGCAGGAGUAGCAGUGCAUGGACUGAGGUGGACGAGAUCUGCGAGCUGAGCAUACGGCUGAAAGAAGUCGAACUGCUGACCCUGAUGGGGGAAAAGUUAGAUCGGACUAGAUAUGAAUUUCUGAAGAAAGUGAGGGAUGAAGUAAUGCAAGAUAUUCAUGAGGCACACAAGAGGAAGAAACAUAUCCAGACACUUAAUGAAUAUGUAAAUAUGGAUUACAUUUACAGAGGCAGUAUUUUUAAGGAUUUUCUGAAGUAAAUAAUAAAAUUAAUGUCCCAAGAAAAUGAAGAUCAAUAUUGCCAAAAAAAGAUCACAGCAAGAAUGCAAUCUAACUUAGUAUUGUGGAUUGGUUCUACAAAAUAAAUUUGAUUACACUAUGUCAGUGAACUUCAAUUAAAUUUUCAGUCAAGCAA